AGAGUUGCAUUUUUUUUGACAAGUAAAAAACCAAUAUUUCCACUCCACUUCAUUGUUAAAAAAAGGAUUCAAUUAAAAGGAGCCAUCUGAACAAUACAGACACCAGGGAAUUAGGACAGAGCGAGUAUACAACAAAAAAGGAAGAUCAUGGAGCAAGAAAUUAUGAGUGCAUUAUUCGAGGAUGAAGCGCAGAAUGACGUCAACGAUGAAAUUUCAAGCGCUUGGCAGCCCAGACCAUGGUGCAAUCUGGUUGACGAAAAGGCUGUCCACGAUCUUCUUGUGUGGGAGGAAAGGAAGGAAAAAAUCGACGAGGAGCUCAGCAGGUCGAUAUUGCCAGAGCCAUGGCCACCCAUUGGGCAACCCAACGGACGCAAGCGCAAGCAUCCCAUGGACAAUCCAAAAGAGCCUGCUAUCGCUGUCGGGAAUCUUCUUAGCUGGGAGGAAAAAUGGGACCAGCAAUACAAUACCACAAGUCGCAAUUUGUACAGAGACCAAUGAGGUUGUAUUGCUUGGCCUGGAGCUGCAAUCCACCGAAGAAAUAGCCUCUUCUGUAAGGGGUUUCGGAGAUCCCCUGGACUAGUCACAGGCACAGGCGCAGGAGAUUUCCCCACAGGUCAUCAGAAAGGAAGUCCCAGGUCACUGGUAUUGGAUGUACGAAAAAUAAUAAUCGCGCCCAUCCAUCCCUCCAAUAAUAUCUGAACCUGUAUAAAUAAAGGUAUACUCAUAUACUCGCGCAAAUUCUGGGGAAUUG